AUGAAAAACUUAUUUAUUUUUUCCGUUAUUUUUCUGACACUUUUGUCAAGUUUUAGUGGUAAGAAAAUUCUCAAACUAUUUUAUUGAUUUCGAAAAAAAUUCAGAAUGCAAAGAUUCAUUAGAAGAAGAUCAACCAUUUCCGCAUGGUUUGAAUAGCAAUAGAAAUCCGUUUUCGAAAAAAUCAGGAAUUCGACAAGAAAGAGCGAAAAAUCGAAGUCGAAUUGAUCGAUACAAUCAAGAGAAUAAUUGGGGUUUUCGAGAAGAUGUUGAAUCAACAACAAAACAACCAAUUGUUAGAAUGACAACUACUGUAAAUCCAGAUACAUUACCAGUAGAUCCGAGACAUAAUGGAUUAUUAAAAGAUAUUGGAUCAGUUGGUUAGUUUUUUCUAUCUUCGAAAAGUACGAAAAAGUGAUUCCUUCAAAUCAUUCUGAAAUUUUUCCUGAAACACUUUUUGUCAAGCAACAUAUAAUUUUUAUUCAAUUUUAGGUGUGGGCGGUGGUGUUGGUGUCGGAGUUCCGGGAAAUGAUCCAGUUAGCGUUGGUUGGGGUGUUAGUGUUGGUUUGGAUGGUUCUGGCCCUGCUGGUGGUCUUCCACCGUUCGCUCAAACAAUAUUCCCAAGACAAGUGAGUUGUCUUUUUUUUUUCUUUUCAUAAACUAUAACCGUAAAAUCGACUCUAAGCAGAGGGCUGACAGGUAAUUUAUUAUCAUAAUUUCUAUUACCUGCGGCACCACUACUUAUAGACGAAAUGGUUAUUUCUGAAUUGAAUACAAUAUCAUAGAAUAGAGAAGAAGAGUUAUCACAACUAACAUGGCUGAUGGCUCUUUUUAUAGUGAAUAGAAAUAUGUGGGCGGAGAAAUAGGCGUGGCUAAGACAAAACGGGAGGGGAAAAGGGGAGAAUUGGUAUAGAAGAAUGGAAUAGUAGAGAACCCAAAAGCUGAAUAAACAAUCAUAAUAUUGGAAUGAUUGAAUAGAGAAUAAUAGAGUGAAUUCAUAUUUAUUUUUGAUUUCUACAGUAAGUAUAUAAAUAUGUUACAAUUAAUAUUGCGAAUUUAGUUUCAAAGCAUACCACCCGCUGUGCAAAUUUUUAAUUUUGAUGAAUGGAAAAAUUGUUAUUAUGUCGAUGAAUAUGAAAAUUGAAAAUAUCGAAUAAUCGAUAUAAAAUUAAAUAUUAAUGAUGGAAAAGUCCAGAAACCAUCAAAUCGUUAUUCUAUUCACAUAAAAGUUGGCGGAAUGUUUUGUAAAAUAAAAAUUUCAAAUUUCAACUAUUUCCAACUUCUAUUUAAAAAUUUGGAAAUGAAUUUACUAUAAAAAUUGUGACAAGUUAAAUUUUAAAAACGUGAACUACUUUUUUUCUCGGAAUUUAAAACUCAAAUUUCAUUUCUAACAACAAGUAAACUCAUUUCUAUUGGUUACUGUAGUUUGGCAUGGAUCAGUGUACCUUCCAGAAAUAAUAUUGAGAUAUCUAGCUUUUUCGAGUUAUCAAAUAUAUGAAAAGAAUGCAUGUUGAAAUGUUCUCACGAUUCAUCAUAAAAAGCAAAAUUGUUCACAAAUUCCUCUGAAUCAAACAUUCCAGAAGAAACUUUUUCGAGAAUGAAGCUGUUAUUUCCAAUUUUAUAUUUGGUUAUCGGUUUAAAUUGUGGCGAAGCAAGUGGUAUUGAUUUCAUUUUUCAUGUUAAUUUAAAAUGUACACUCGCGAACAUACAAGAAUAUUGGUAUUCUAUUGAAUUCAAAACAGAACAUGGUGAAAUCAAUGGUGCUACGUUUGAAGGUUUCAUGCCACGUGGCAACAGAACUCUACACAUUUCUGUGACUGUGGAGAAAUGGAAAAAAAAUGUAGAAAAUACUGUUAAGGUUGUAUUAACUCAUGGUUGCACAAUGUCCGGAGAAAAUAAAACUAUCCGAUUAAAACUUAUACAAAAGAGUCCAGGAAAGAAUCAUUGCUCUUUCAGUUUAGAUGAAAUCCCUUUGGGAAACUUCGGGGUAUCUGAAUGGAUGGAUUGGAAUGCUAACGUGACGCAACAUUCAUAAUUUUUGUUCGCUUUUGUUCAAAAUGUUUUUCUAUAAAAACGUAUAAUAAUUAUACACAUACAUUACUUUUCUCAAUCAAUAUAUUUAUAUUCAAUUCUCACGACUAAUAACUAUUCUCAAAAAUUACGACGUGCGUUCUUAACAACAAUCAUUCCCAGAGCCGUAAAAAUUCAAAUCAUCUAUAGUUAUGUCGUAUAAAAAUUAUUCACAUAAUUUAUAUAUUUGUGUCCCUAACAUGGGGCUUGUUGUUUUUUCUUCUUCUUCUUUUUUUUCGAUUUGAUUUGAUUGAAUCAUAAAGGGAAUCGACAAAAAUAAUAAUGUUAUGUAUAUGUGUACAUUUUGGAAAAAAUAAUGUAUAUUGGAAUUCUCGGAAAAUUGAAAGGGGGCCAAAUAUUGUUUUUUUUUGCAGGGAGAAGCACAAUCCCUAAAUGAUUAUGAUGGAAAUAAAGAUACAAUUCAAUCUUCGAAAUAUUUGAAUUAUAUCAAUGCAAUUCGUCUUGGAUAUAUAAAACUUCCACAAUAUGCUCCCCCUAAAUCAACUGUCAAUGUAAAUACCGGAAUUGGAGUAUUAGGAGGACAGGCACCAUCAGGAGGAUGA